CGGUGCACUUGGGCGAGAGCUGGAGCGUGGACCGGAGCUCCGAUCCCAGCGCAGCCUCCGCGAUGAGAGGCGCUCGCGGCGCCUGGGAUUUUCUCUGCCUUCUGCUCCUCCUGCUCCGCGUCCAGACAGGCUCUUCUCAACCAUCUGUGAGUCCAGGGGAACUGUCUCCACCAUCCAUCCAUCCAGCAAAAUCAGAGUUAAUAGUCACCGUUGGCAACGAGAUUAGGCUGUUAUGCACCGAUCCGGGCUUUGUCAAAUGGACUUUUGAGAUCCUGGAUGAAGUGAGUGAGAAUAAGCACAAUGAAUGGAUCACAGAAAAAGCAGAGGCCAGCAACACGGGCAAAUACACGUGCACCAACGAAGGAGGCUUAAGCAGUUCCAUUUAUGUGUUUGUUAGAGAUCCUGAGAAGCUUUUCCUGGUUGACCGGUCCUUGUAUGGGAAAGAAGACACCGAUACACUGGUCCGCUGUCCUUUGACAGACCCGGAGGUGACCAAUUACUCCCUCAAGGGGUGCCAGGGGAAGCCUCUUCCCAAGGACCUGAGGUUUGUCCCCGAUCCCAAGGCUGGCAUCACAAUCCGAAGUGUGAAACGCGCCUACCAUCGGCUCUGUCUGCAUUGCUCUGCUGACCAGGAGGGCAAGUCGGUGCUGUCGGACAAAAUCAUCCUCAAAGUGAGGCCAGCCUUCAAAGCUAUACCAGUUGUGUCUGUGUCCAAAGCAAGAUAUCUUCUCAGAGAAGGGGAAGAAUUCACAGUGACGUGCACAAUAAAAGAUGUGUCUAGUUCUGUGGACUCAAUGUGGAUAGGGGGAAACAGUCAGACUAAAGCACAGCUAAAACAGAAUAGCUGGCAUCAUGGUGACUUCAAUUAUGAACGUCAGGAAACGCUGACUAUCAGCUCAGCAAGAGUUAAUGAUUCUGGAGUGUUCAUGUGUUAUGCCAGUAAUACUUUUGGAUCAGCGAAUGUCACAACAACCUUGGAAGUCGUAGAUAAAGGAUUCAUUCAUCUCUUCCCCAUGAUGAACACUACGAUAUUUGUAAACGAUGGAGAAAAUGUCGACUUGGUUGUUGAAUACGAGGCAUACCCCAAACCUGAGCACCAGCAGUGGAUAUAUAUGAACAGAAGCUUCACUGAUAAAUGGGAAGAUUACCCCAAGUCUCAGAAUGAAAGUAACAUCAGAUACGUCAGUGAACUUCACUUAACCAGAUUAAAAGGGACCGAAGGAGGCACUUACACAUUUCUGGCGUCCAAUUCUGACGUCAAUGCUUCCGUAGCAUUCAAUGUUUACGUGAACACAAAACCAGAAAUCCUGACUUACGACAGGCUGGUGAAUGGCAUGCUCCAGUGUGUGGCAGCAGGGUUUCCCGAGCCCACAAUAGAUUGGUAUUUUUGUCCAGGAACUGAGCAGAGGUGCUCUGCUCCUGUACUGCCCGUGGAUGUGCAGAUACAGAACUCUUCUGGGCCAGCCUUUGGAAAACUGGUGGUUCAGAGCUCCAUAGAUUCAGGUGCCUUCAAGCACAAUGGCACGGUUGAGUGUAAGGCCUACAACGAUGUGGGCAAGACUUCUGCCUAUUUUAACUUUGCAUUUAAAGGUAACAGCAAAGAACAAAUCCAUCCCCACACCCUGUUCACGCCUUUGCUGAUUGGUUUCGUAAUCGUCGCUGGUAUGAUGUGCAUUGUCGUGAUGAUUCUGACCUACAAAUAUUUGCAGAAACCUAUGUACGAAGUGCAGUGGAAGGUUGUUGAGGAGAUAAAUGGAAACAAUUAUGUUUACAUAGACCCAACGCAACUUCCUUAUGAUCACAAGUGGGAGUUUCCCAGAAACAGGCUGAGUUUUGGGAAAACCUUGGGUGCUGGUGCCUUCGGGAAGGUUGUUGAGGCGACUGCAUAUGGCUUAAUUAAGUCGGACUCGGCCAUGACUGUCGCUGUGAAGAUGCUUAAACCAAGUGCCCAUUUAACGGAACGAGAAGCCCUCAUGUCUGAACUCAAAGUCCUGAGUUACCUGGGCAAUCACAUGAACAUUGUGAAUCUUCUUGGAGCAUGCACCAUCGGAGGGCCCACCUUGGUCAUUACAGAAUAUUGUUGCUAUGGUGAUCUUCUGAAUUUUUUGAGACGAAAACGUGAUUCGUUUAUUUGCUCAAAGCAGGAGGAUCACGCAGAAGCGGCACUUUAUAAGAACCUUCUACAUUCAAAGGAGUCUUCCUGCAAUGACAGUACCAAUGAGUACAUGGACAUGAAACCUGGAGUUUCUUACGUUGUCCCAACCAAGGCUGACAAAAGGAGAUCUGCGAGAAUAGGCUCAUACAUAGAGAGAGAGGUGACUCCUGCCAUCAUGGAGGACGACGAGCUGGCCCUAGACCUGGAAGACUUGCUGAGCUUUUCUUACCAGGUGGCGAAGGGCAUGGCUUUCCUCGCCUCCAAGAAUUGUAUUCAUAGAGACUUGGCAGCCAGAAAUAUCCUCCUUACCCAUGGUCGAAUCACAAAGAUUUGUGACUUUGGUCUAGCCAGAGACAUCAAGAAUGAUUCUAAUUAUGUGGUUAAAGGAAACGCUCGACUGCCUGUGAAGUGGAUGGCACCCGAAAGCAUUUUCAACUGCGUGUACACAUUUGAAAGCGAUGUCUGGUCCUAUGGGAUUUUUCUGUGGGAGCUGUUUUCUUUAGGAAGCAGCCCUUACCCUGGGAUGCCGGUCGAUUCUAAGUUCUACAAGAUGAUCAAGGAAGGCUUCCGAAUGCUCAGCCCUGAGCAUGCACCUGCCGAAAUGUAUGACAUAAUGAAGACGUGCUGGGAUGCUGAUCCUCUCAAAAGGCCAACAUUCAAGCAGAUCGUUCAGCUAAUUGAGAAGCAGAUUUCAGAUAGCACCAAUCAUAUUUACUCCAACUUAGCAAACUGCAGCCCCAACCCACAGAACGCCGUGGUGGACCAUUCCGUGCGGAUCAAUUCUGUCGGCAGCACCGCUUCCUCCUCCCAGCCGCUGCUCGUGCAGGAAGAUGUCUGAGCAGAACGAGGGUCCGGGGUCCCCCGUACAGGAACGAUCCCCCAUUCUUUUGGCUUCCACGAUGGUUCUUUUGUUUUCCUUGACUCGCAUCCUACUCCAGGGUGGUGGGCAGCCACUGUAAUCCUGUCUUUCUAAGCACACUUUAGUGGCUGACGGUUUUUGUCGUCAGCCACCAUCCCCUUGCAAAGGUUCGAACUGUAUAUAUUCCCAAUAGCAAAGUAGCUCCUACUGUAAACAGGAAAAAAAAAUUCUGAUUUGGAAAAAAGAGAGGGAGGGAUGGGCUAGAUGUCCGCCGUUCUUUCCGAGGGUUUUCCAGUUUGUGUUCGAAGAGUGUGGUUGAUAGUUUAUGUGAGUAAGUGGUGGUGGUCACAUUUGGCCUUCAGAACCAUCCAUGAUGCUAUGGUGAUGCAGCAAGAUUAAAAGCUAAAACCUAAACCCUUUAUAUGGAAAACAGAACAUGAUUAGAACACAGGGCAGACGUGUGAACAUCUGGGCUUAAGGAAUCUAGAAUUUCAUGCUGGGAAUGAGACACAGGGCAUGAAAAAAUGUCCCCUAGGCAUGAGUAAAGAUACUCUGCUGUAGACCACUGCAUGGGCUUUUGUACUGCCGACCUGGUUUUUGCACAGAGUUUGCUUUUAGGGAGUUGAAUUGGAGAGAAGGCCUCCCCCGCCAGCGUUUGUAUAUACUCAUCUAUAAACUGUCCACGUUCGUGUGUUUGAGGCAGGACCCCACGAGGUUUAGUUUCUGUGUGCCACCCUAGCAUUAUGGCCACCGUGUGUAGGGACAGAUCACGAGCCAUAUAAGUUUGAAGGAAACAGAGAAUACUUUUUUUUUUAAGGAAAAAAAAACGUAACAGCCAAGCACAGUCUUAACAAAAUCUCCUCUUUUAGCCGAUGAACUUGCUCUAUAGAUUCUCCAGAACGAGCCUAUGAGCUUCGGAAUGGCAUUGUGCUCAAUGGAUUUGAUGUCGUUUGAGAAAGUUCCUGAUUUACUGCCUGGCUCCCUGGGAGUGAGAAGACGGUGCUGUCUUGGCUCGGAUUCUAAUGUAGCAGGAGAUAAAAUGUAGAUUCAGCCUCCUUCACAGGCAUGUCCUGGACACCAGGCCAGUAUCUGUAGAAGUGUGUGUGUGUAUGUGUGUGUGUGCGUGUAGACAGAUAUUUUAGGGGGGCAUUCUUGCCCCAAGUCCAAGAGGGUCCUUCAGUACCCAAGAAGUAACUUGCUUUCAUCAUCCGUACUGCUCUUGUUUCCCUUCACAGAGCUUUCUAGAAUAGCUUACCAAAAGCUUCCAUAAAAGCGUAUACAAAGCAGGCUUCAGUACCUACUUGCAGCCCACCUGCACUUAAGACACUCUGUUAUUUAGACUCAGCAUACUGUACCCAUUCCUUAGAUCCUAUGUAAUGUUCCUGUCCCACUGAAACAUAAAUUUUACCCUUUAGACUGUAGCCUAGGUAUGAUUCUUGUAGUCUACCUGUUUCUCCCCCUCCUCACUGCCCAGUAUAAAAGGUAAAUGUACACAUGGCAAGGUUUGUGUGUUGUCUUGCAAGAUUCAGGUAUGCUGCCUUCGCGGUUUCCCCCGCCUGUGUCCCUUAGACUACGUUUAGACAACUGUGACCAUUAUCUGGAAGUAACCAUUUGCACUGAAGUUCUAUGCUCUCGCACCUUUUCCAAAGUUAACAGGUUUUGGGGUUGUGUUGUCAUCUAAGAAAUUGUUGCUGUUUGCCAUACUUUGUCUGUAAAAUUCCUUUGCGUUUCUAUUGACUUUGAUUAUAGUAAAAGUGGUUGUUUAUUGUAGAUGUCUAGGUACUUCAGGGGCACUUCAUUGAGAGUUUUGUCUUGGAUAUUCUUGAAAGUUUAUAUUUUUAUAAUUUUUUCUUACAUCAGAUGUUUCUUUGCAGUGGCUUACUGUUUGAGAUUAUUUUGUGGCUUUUUUUUGUAAAUAUUGAAAUGUAGCAAUAAUGUCUUUGGAAUAUUCCCAAGCCCAUGAGUCCUUGAAAAUAUUUUUUAUAUAUACAGUAACUUUAUGUGUAAAUAUGUAAGCGGUAUAAGUUUAAAGGAUGUUGGUGUUUCGUGUGUUUUAUUCCUUAUAAUGUUGUCCCAUUGUUGCCAGUUCUGAAGAAUUCUAAUAAAAAUGUAAAUAUAUAAAUCAAA